UCUAAACAUUUUGUUUUCUUUCUUCAAACAGUCCUUUAAAAUGCGUAUUGAAAUAAAUAAGAAUUAUUUGUGACAUUAUGAUAACAGUGAGCGAAACGACUGAUGUGAGUGAAGAGAACAUUUUAAAAUGAUGUCCUCCUUAUCCGAAAGAUCUGAGAAGUCCGAUUCGGCGAAUUCGUCACAGAUAAGAACGCCUAAACCAGUUUACGUUUGUUCUGUUUGUACAGAUGAAGUAAAAGCCAAAUAUCUAUGUCAACCUUGUAAAAAGUACUUUUGUGAAAAGUGUAAGAGCAGUCAUACAAGUAAUGUUCAAAACGCUAAACACAAAUUCACAGAGAUUUUGGAAACGGAAUCAGAGACACCGGAUUUGUCACUUGAUUUGGCGAAAGUGAGUUCACCUGAAAUGCAGAAAACACCUCCAAGAGUAGUUACAUCGUCGCCCAAAAAUACUGGUCGAAGUACUGGUAGAGCUAAAAAUCACAAUGAUCAUACGGUACACAUAGAUUACGGUAAUACUCCUCGAGGAAAGUACAGCAAAUGUCAAAGGCAUCCUACUAAAGACAUACAACUUCAUUGUGUCGAGUGCAACAAAAUUGUAUGCAGUGAAUGUAUUGUCGAAAUACACCAACGCCAUCAGUUUGUCAGCAUAGAGGAAGCGGGGACAAGAUUGAAGGGUCAUUUCCAUACCAUUCUUGCUCCGGUAAAAACAUUUUAUCAUGAUGAGCUUGAGACGGCGUAUAAUAAUUUGGAAGUUGCUGAAGAACAGUACAGUGUUAAAACAGAACAAACUAUUGACGAGAUACAUAAAAGGGCUAGUCAGCUCCAUGAUGACAUAGACCGUAUACGAGACAGCAUUAUAUCUUCUAUAGAAACUAAACAGAAGCAAGACAUGGAUGAAUUUGUAACAACGAAAGAACUUCUUAGUGAUAGACUUGCUCAUACAGGUGACGUCAUUAGUCGCGUAGAGAACGCAAUCGAGAACGACAACGACACAUCAAUGCUUAGAUCAGAGCAUGAAUACACAACACUUAUUACCAAUGUUGAUAGAAAUUUAUCUCUCCGAGAACCAAAACCAUCACGAUUUGCUGCAGGAUUGUCUACUGAAGAACGCGUAAAAGAUCUUUUUGGUAAUACAGUUCAGAUUGAUGAACCGGACAAUACAAUGGCGACUUGGCGCAUGCGUGGCGAGGACAAAUUAGAAAUUAGCAAAGAUCUUGAUCUCUCUCGUGUUCUCUCCGUACCAGUCGGAGAUGGUCAGCCAAUUCAUACCAUGGUAGCCCUAGGACAUGCAGAAGUUUGGUUUUCAACUUUAUCAAAUUCUAAACAAGCACAGCUAUUUGGAAUAGAUGGUCGAAUUGAAAAACCGUUGGAGUUAGAAUUUAGUGUGAAAGAUCUAUCUGUUUCUCGUCCAGGUGAUCUGUUCUUAUCUUGCUUUGACACGCGCUGCGUUAAACGCAUCCGCUUAAAUGGAACAGUUGAGACAUUUUUCAAUACAUCACCACUUCAUCCUUUAGGAAUUCAUGUAUUGAGAAGUGGAUCGGUAAUGGUGUGUGUUGUAGAUCAGAUUUCAACUAAUAUGAAACAGAUGAAACCAUACAGCAAGCGUCAACUUGUCAAGGUAUCGAAAACAGGCAAGGUUAUUAAACGCAUGGCUUAUAACCUUGACCUAAGGUUGUUCACCCUUCCAUUCAAAGUCAAUGAAUCAGUCGAUGAAGAGCUUGUUGUGUUGGAUAAAUCCAGUAAGGAUAAGGGUAGACUAAUCAUGUUUACCCGAAAUGAGCAAAUUAAAUUCGUAUACAAUGGUCCACAAUCAAUUCGAACCGAAUAUCCAUUCUGUCCUAUGGACCUAGUGUGUGAUAAUUUUGGUCAUACUAUUGUUGUCGAUUCAAACAACAAUGCAAUUCACAUGUUAGAUAAAUUCGGAAAGGUUUUAAGAUUUCAUCAGAUAGGUCGAGACUGGAUUGAUAUUCCAUGGUCAGUUGCUGUUGACAAUAGGGGACUUAUGCUCGUUGGUGAUUCUGCAGGGACAAUGCAUAUUAUGCGUUAUCUACUUAAUAGUUAAAUUCUAAACGUGAGUUGAAGACCUUUUGUGAAAACAAAACACAAUUUUAUGAUAUAAAUGUAAAACUUAUUAAUAUAUAUCGAUAUCCGUUUUCUAGUGUAUCCAUUUCCCUUUCGCUUGGUCAAAUAUUUCUUACUUUCAUAUUAAUGUACUAAGUGUUAUCUCAUUAUUCUAAUAAAGAGGUUUUUGUGUGCAACUCUUCCUUUUAAUGACACUUUUAUUGUACUAUUCAAAGUAUAUGCGUGAGUAAUUAUACGUGUACAUGUUAUAUUAGCCCGUGUAUUGUAAAUCAAAAUCACACUUUUUAAAUUUCGUGCAUCUGAAGAGCUUUUCUGGUUUUCACUUCGACCUAAAUCAUUUAAAAUUAAAGAAAAGUAAAUCAUAUUGCUAGAUACCAUAUGAAAAUGAACCCGUUCUUCCUUUGGAAAGAGUGCGAAAUCAACAAUACAUCAAGUAAUUCGUUCUUCACACUAAUACUUUACAAAUGAGGAAAUUUUAAAAUGAAUCUUUAUUUUUCUCCUUGGAUAUGAUAUCAAAGAAGAGGAUAUGUCGAUUCUCUCUCUUUACAGUCAAGUAUACAUAUUUUAUUCAAGAAUCCAUACAAGGAAAUUUUAAUCCUGGUAUCGAUCUAUGAUGAGUUUAUUAAUAUACAUUUAAGAUGUAACAACUAUUAUUGAUACAGUCAAAAACUCCAUUUAAAAUAAUGUUAUAAGGCAUAUAUACUGCUAUUGAUGUCAUUCAGAUGGGGAUUAAAAAAAACAUUAUAAAGGUCUAAUAAAAGGACUGUGAGCAUAGAGUUUUUAGUUUGAAUCGCGCUUAUAAAUUCAUGUAAUUGAAAAUAAUACUUAUAAUGUCAGUGCGUUUGGAGUAUUUAACCUCAGCAUGAUCGUUUAAACCGAACAAUUUGAAAGACAAGGAUGUAUAACCUUCUGAAUACAUGAGGAGCGUAUGCCCUAUAGGGAACCAAAAAGAGAAUAAGUCGAAACACUACUAGUAUUCCUUUGUAGAACGUUUACACCACAAGACCUUUAUGGAUUCAAGCCAGGAAUUGCAUUCGGAAGAAAAAGUGGUAUUUUUGGCUUUUACCAAAACCAACAAACACGCACAAAAGGUAAUAUUUCACCUUAAAUUUUAACCGAGUUCUGCACAUUUGUUGAAAAAAUCUGGCAGAUACAAUUGAUUGUUACUCAUUUCACGGCACAAAAGGCGUUUCAAAAAAAUCAACAGGUUAUUUUGUUUUGCAUUGCUGAUCGGUAUCAAACAUGUUACCACCUCUACAUGAGAGUUUAAUUGAUUUGAACAAUUUCUACAUUGAGUUAUCACUCUUUGUAUGGAAAAAUGUCGAGGAUUUAGACGCGUACUGGAGCUUCUUCAAAAUGUCGUAAACGAAGAUGUUGAUGUGAGUGACGUAUUUUUUGUGGAAAGGCUGUGUUUAAUAUUCGAUUCUGGUAUUAAUCACAAUUCGAUACUUUUCUUCAUAUAACAUCUAUAAAAGCUAAAACGAAGCACCAUUAUUUUUUAAGAAUAUUUGGAAAUAUUUCGACGAUUUUUUUCCUGUAAAUAAUCCUGCAAAUGAAAAUUAUCCACCACAACUCCCUCUAGCUUAAUUCCAAUGUUAAUAGAAACAGGUGUCUUUCUUUAGAACCUUGGUAUUAAAAUUUCUCAUGAUAAUCUUCAUUCCAAAUUUGUAAUACUAAUAAACGUGACGACAUUUGCUAUUGUUUUUCUUAUUUUUUCUUUUCAUGAUGAUGUUCCUUUGGCUCCUUCAAAUCUUGUGAAGUGUACAUUUUUGUUUGCAGUUCUUGAAUCACAUUAAUAAAUUUUCCUUAAAGAUCAAGAUUAUUGGUUUUUUUCCACAAAACCUUCAAAUUCCUGAUCGACGUAAACCGAACGGCCCUCUACAAAAGUCAUCUUUUUUUUAGUUUACUAUUUACCGGUUUUCUCUAUCCAUUAUUGUUGUACUUUUUUCAAGAUUAUAUAAUAAAAAUCACCAUUGAAGGGCUUUAUUUAUCUCCAAUAAACAGUCAAUUGAAGAAAAAAAAAUAAAUGCAGGUACAUGUAACUUAUUUAUAUAUCUUGCCUUAAUUAUCAUUUGUUUUCAUUACCUUUCUAAGUAGAACAGUUUCCUACAUAAGAUGAUUUAACUAUACAAUUUAUAUAAUAUAUCGUAAUUUCAGAAAUUCUAAUAAAGAUUCCGUUGAUGGUUUAAGUCAUUUCAAUAGAUAUUGUCUUGAUGAUCAUUUAUACUGUUUACAAUGUAUGUAUUUCUAUUUCAUUAUUCAAAAGCAAGAUAAUGAGCAAAAACAUGUUAAAUGUUAAAAUCUUCAGCAAGCAAGGCUACGAUAUAAAAGAAAAUGAAAAACGCAUUAUUAUGAACAAAUGGAGGUGGAUGUGAACGUCAAUGAGAUAGCAACCAUCGUACCUAAAAAUCUAAAGAUAUAUAGAGUUAAACAACAGAAAGAUGUUUAUACCAUAUGUCAAGCUCUAUACCCUUAGUUUAGCUAUAUAUAGACUAGUAGGGAAUACAUUGAACAGAAACAAGAUUCUUACGUCGUAGCAAAAUGUCCAACUCCGUUGUAUACUGUGGAAUACAGUCAUAAGUAUGCUGCAAUAGGCUGAGGAUAGUCAGAAUCCCAUAACUGAACCAGAAAACAUCGACAUGGUUGUAAAGUUUGGUCACUGACAUAUUAUGACAAACAAUAUAAUAAUCCUACCAAGAAUGACAGCUUUCUGUCAAAUGGUAUCAGAAGAGUUGGAUUUACAAGGCAUCAUUGUGUAAGAGCAAUUAUAAAAAAUGUCAAAGUGUCAAAAGUCGUGCAAAAAUUGUUAAAUCAAAAUGAAUGGAGAACAUGUUCAAUACACAUUAUGAUAAACAAUUUUACCAAGUAACAAGAAUGUGUCCAUAGUACACGGAUGCCCCACUCGCACUAUCAUUUUUUAUGUUCAGUGGACCGUGAAUCUGGG